CGCCGGUAUACUAUAUAUAUACGACUCCCUCUUCCAUUGAAUCGAAAUCUUCGGCUCUUCGAAUAUGGCCAAUUUAAAGUUCAUUACUCCGUUCCUCGACGAACUAGGCCAUUGUCUCAGUAUCGGGCAAGCUCCCUCUCAGGGUCUUGUCUAUGCCCUAGAUAGCGAUAUCGUAAUCAAGCUGCCUUUUCAAUACAUUAUUCCAGACGAUCUAGAUGACGACGCAAUAUUCUAUAUAAAUCAUGGAGUUCGAAGCUUCGUUGCAAUGGAGAGAGAAUUGGCAAGGUACGAUGCGGCGGCUAAUCGACGACACCCCAAUAUUGCUCGAAGGUUAAAGGUAGACUCAUCAGACUGUCUGUUUCUGGAACGCUUACAACCUUUGGAGCAAACGUGGGUUAAUGCGGAUGAGAAGAUAUGUCAUCGCUGGGUCAGAGAGCUUCUCGAUGGUAUAUGCUGGUUGGAGGAGCUUGGUUUCACCCAAGGCGAUAUGGCCGUCCGCAAUCUUGCCGUCGACUCAUCCAACCAUCUCAAACUAUUCGACUUUGGCUCUGCUACGACACAACACCAUUAUGAUUACGCAGCGGACGUGAAAAGAGACCACUUUGGUUUAGCUACAUGUCUUCAUUAUAUCCUCACUGGAGUUGACCCCUUCGCCAACGUGUACUCUGUGCAGGAAGUUCGGCAAAUUGAGACUCAAUUGCUUGAGGGCUGUGGUACUGUUGGAGCUGGUGCUGAGAUUCUGACGAAUGUGAUCCAAGCUGGCUGGACGGGGCAAGCUGCAUUAACCAAGUUUUCCAAAGUUAAGGAACAUGUGGAGGUGAUCAUUGGUGUUGCGGGUCUGGAAACUGCAUCAAAAACUUCAGAGGAACAUUACCAACGCCUAGAAUCCCGUUGUGCAGAGUGGCUAAAAAGGGCAACUCUUGAUCAAAGGUGGAUGGAUCCUGAUGAUUAUUGUGCAGCCUGCAGGGCUAAAGGAUAUGAAACAGAAAUGGAUAUCUGGCGAUGAUGCGAAGUUCUUUGAUGUUUGUCUGACAACAAUGGUUGUAGGCCCAUGAUGUGCUGUGCCCGACUACAGCCAUCACUGCCCCUCUGUAAACUAAUAAUACCUUGGCCGUUAAAUGCAAUAUAACAA